AUGUCGCUGGCAGCAGAGCAUAGGUUUAUGUGUCAUGUCCUAGAGUCAGAAGAAGGUGAUGAGGAGUCGUCCUCUGCUCGCGACGCUGCUCCAGUGAUGGCCAGGACCUGCGAGCUGGAGAAGCAAGCGCGUCGCAUGGCCGGAGCUGCAUGGGACUUGUUGCUUGAACAAGGCUCUUCGGUUGUAGAGGGGGCUGAUAAGUUUGACCUUUGUCGAAGCAAUGUAAGAGUCAGCGCGCUACGCAACCUCACUCCCGUAGAGAAUAACCCUGACCCCAACACCAGGGCCCCUUGUGCCACAGCAGAGGAUGAGUAUCUGCAGACCCGCUUGGUAGCAGCGGAAGAAGUUAGAAAAGACUUAUGUGCAUGGAAGCCGUCGAUGGUAGAGGAGUAUACCUCCCUUGUCCACACUACCGGUACUUGCAGCCCUAUGAGCCAGGAGGACUUUGCAGCAGUGACAGGAGACCCAACUAAGAAAGUAGAAGUGCUCCCAGGGAAAGUCAUCUUCUCUGUCAAGGCUAAAAGUGGCCGUAAGAAGACACGGAUAGUAGGGUGUGGGAACUUUCAACAAGGGAGCCCUCGCACAAAGCUGGAUACUCAUGCAUCUGGCAUUUCAGCAGAGUCGAUUAGACUCCUCGUCCGCUUUGCGGGUCAGGCUCAGUGGUCGAUCUCAACCACGGAUAUUAAGACUGCAUUCCUGAACGCCCCAAUAGUGACUCCAAACGAAGAGCUGAUUAUUGUAAGAGUGCCAAGUAUCCUUAGGGCUGCUAAUGUAUGUCAGGAGCAGUUCUGGCAAAUCCAGCGAGCCCUAUAUGGAUUGGAUGUGGCUCCUCGCAGCUGGACACUGUUCCGAAACAAAACUCUUCAAGAAAUCACCGAGUUGGUCGAUGGUACUCCCGUUUCAUGCAAACCGCUGCAAGAAGACUCCAACAUUUGGGAGCUGUUUGAUGAGCGUGAGCAAAAAGUGAUUGCAUGGAUAGGCGUGUACGUCGAUGAUUUGAUGUUGGUAACCCCGGAGCUUCGCAGGGGAGUCGUCAUGGAUACAUUGCGGAGCCCUUGGACCACCUCAGAACCAGAGGUUGUUGAAGAAGGAAAGGAUGUCACUUUCGCUGGAUAUGAGCUGAGUAAGGUGGGGUCGGCGUUCCAUGUGCAUCAGCGGAGCUACAUAAGAGAGAUCUUGCAGCAGUGGGAGGUGGAACAGGAAUCUACAGUUCCAUGUGUGAAAGAACCCCCAAAGAUCUUCAGCCGAGAGGACUCGUUGUUUGAUCAGACUAAGCGUGCGCAAAGCAUAGCUGGUCAACUUCUCUGGGUCUCGACUCACACGAGACCAGAUGUGUGCUACGCAGUGCAGGCAGUGUGUCAGCAAAUUGCCACAGAUCCAGCAGGAGCGUGUGAUGCAGGGCUGAUAGUUCUGCAGUAUCUAAAGCGGACGAUUGACCACAGGCUGAGCUAUGGGCCUGCCCCUGAGGAUUUCGGAGUCUGGAAUGAGCUGCAGUUCAAGAGAGGGGCGAUGAUGGUGGAGGUGUUUACAGAUGCCUCUUUUUGUCCCGACGAGAGCUGCAAGUCGGUUCAAAGCUCGAUGAUGUUCUGGGGUGGCAGACUUGUAAUGUGGGCUGGAGGCCGACAAAGCUUGAUUGCCGCCUCUACGGCAGAGGCUGAGCUGAUAAGUAUGGUCGAAGGAUACUCAAUGGGCAGGGCAUUCCUUCCUACAAUCGAGGCUUUGGGCCGAGGCUAUGAGGCCACAGCCGGGGAAAUCGAAGUUGACGAGCUUAGUACAAAAGUGCUGUAUGGCGACAAUGCAGCAGCUAUCCAGCUGACACAGCUAGACGCUGGAGCGUGGCGCACAAGGCAUCUUCGGCUGCGUGGUGCGGUGCUGCGCCAAGCAGUUGAUGAUUUUGGAUGGCGCGUGACUCACUUGUCAGGACUGUAUAUGCCGGCAGACAUUGGAACGAAAGUUCUAGGGCCAUCCAGGUUCGACGACUUGAUUGAGCUUAUAGGUCUGAGAGAACCUCCGUCAACUGCCCAGGGAGCUUCAGGACGCGAGAUGCCCAAGGUAGCACAAGCCAUAAUCCUGAAGGUUCUUCUAACGGUGAUGCUGGCAUCCUUGGCAGCUCCAGCUGAGGCGUCUCGAGAGAUUCAUCCAGCUCGUGAGCUGAUGGAGCUCGGGGGAGUAACGACUGCCAGUUUCUGCAUCGGGCUAGGAGUUUCGAGAGACGCAGCAGAAGAGAACGCAAGCCAAAGCGGUUCACAGCAGCAAGAAGCUCCAAGCACAACUAGGGUAGCGCGAGAAGCAAGUCUUCGUGAAACAACAUAUGAAGAGCUGUGCUAUGGCGUUGAUCGGGAGCGUGCAUCUCCCCUCGCCACCGCACAUUCAGGGGAAACUCCAUACCACCCUACCUAUGAGGACCUUCUGGCCGCUUAUCCCCAGGAGCUGAGUGAAGUAGAGGAGCUUGCAAGCCGUCUGAGGGAAAGUGAGCGUUUUGGUCAAGAGUAUGUGGAUAGAUGCACUUAUCUGCGUCAGCUGCUAAGUGAGCGGUGUGUAGAAAUAGAGCGGUAUCGAGAAGAGUUAAUGGCCGCUAGAGAUGAAAACCGUAGGCUGCAGGAUCGUAGGAACACCGAUGUUCCGCCCGGCCAGUCAUCUACCGAUCAGGUCAAUCCAGCAGUCCAAUCCUUCAAUGUGCAAGGAGCGUCCCUGCAGGUAGAGCCAAGGCCUGGCGCCCCGGAAGUUCGUGAUCCAACAGUACCCCUCCCAGGGGUGGCUGUGAUACGGUAUGCAGAUGAUGAAGCCUGGAUCGUUCCAGCUCAAGCAAGACGUGAAGAUCAAGAAGAUGAUACAGAGGACUCUGAGCUGGAAGGGGCCACCACUAGCUCAGGGGAGUAUACAGUCAGAGAGAGGUCAUCAGACAGCUCAGGAGGAUAUCAGGCUGGAGAUGCUAGGUCUGAUCGAGGCCCGAGCUCUCCGGAAAGGCAGCAGCACUCCAGUGGUGAUGGCAGUGGCACGUGCACUAGCUUAGCUCUGGCGGCAGCCGUGGGGAGCCUGCCGGGUGCAUCGGGCGCACCUCUUGAUGGCGACAAUUGUGUUGCAAUACCCAUCCAGCAUGCUGAUGGAGGUGAUAGAAGUUUUGAAAUGUUUGGAUGGGGUUUUUUGGUUGGGGGUCUGAUUGUGAUUGUAAUCCGAAUGCUGUGGGAUUGGUUGCAUAAAGGCAGGGACACAAGUGCACUGGUCCAUGUGAACAUCAACAACUCAGUCGACACAGCUAAGCAUGGUUCCUGCAGUGACCGCCACCGCAAUGAUGCUGAGAGCUCUGGUGAGCCAUGCCAGGUUCAGGAGGAAAAGAAGGCUAAGCAGCAGGUUCGUCUAUACAUGACACCCCGUGGAGAAUGCCUGCACUUGUCCAAGGAUUGUUCUACAAUUCGUGGAUCCCAGGUGACCUCACGGCCAAUAUGCAAAAGAUGUGCGGCUAAGUCAUCUCUCCUGCACUAG